CCAUAUGUCAUGGCGGCCCCAGGCGUGACCUUUCUCCGGCGGCUGUGCUGGCGGCCUCUCUGCGCAGCAAGAGGAUAUCUGUCUGUAAAUGUUCCUGCUGGGAGAGAUGUUUUAUGUGGACUGAGGAUGUACAGGAAAUCCUCUGGUGUUACUGUCAUCCACCACCUUCAGUUAACAUAAAGUCUGCUGGAGAGAAAAAGAGCUCUUACAGAGAUUUCAGGAGAUGAUCCCAGCUUCCCUCCCAGCAGCUGUGAUGAGAGAAUAUUAACUGUGCCUGUACAGAGCGCAAAGAACAGCCCAUUUCAUGUCUCAGUGAAUGGCAACCGCAAGCUGUUUGUAUGCCAGCAGUUCACCUGCACAUGACUACAGCCACCAUGCAAGUCAGCCAGAAAGACUUUGAAAAGGCUCAAGAACAGCUGAAGCUUUUGAAAAAGGAUCCAGGGAAUGAAACUAAGUUGAAACUCUAUGCUUUGUUUAAACAGGCUACUGAGGGUCCCUGCAAUUCUCCAAAGCCAGGUAUGCUGGACUUUGUCAAGAAAGCCAAAUGGGAUGCAUGGAAUUCUCUUGGCAAUUUGUCUCAGGAUAAUGCUAGACAGAAAUAUACAGAACUUGUCUCAAGUCUGAUCUCUGCAGAAUCUGCUGGCCAGGCAAAAGUUGCUUCUCCAGAGGAGGGCAAACAUGAUGGCUAUGAAACCAUAAUUGUUACCACCAAAAACAAUAUCACAAAGAUAAUGUUUAACCGACCUGAAAGGAAAAAUGCUAUCAAUCAUCAGAUGUACAGAGAAAUUAUCAAAGCACUUCAAGAAGCUGGCAAAGAUGACUCUACCGUAGCAGUUAUUACGGGAAAUGGAGAGUACUAUACUAGUGGAAAUGACCUGAAUAAUUUUGCUAAUGUCCAACCCAAUGAAAUGGAGAAGAUGGCAAAAGAUGGAGCAGAAUUACUCAAGGAGUUUGUGAAUUGUUUUAUUGAUUUUCCUAAACCACUGAUUGCUGUGGUGAAUGGCCCAGCUAUUGGAAUCUCUGUAACACUCCUCGGAUUGUGUGACAUUGUCUAUGCUUCUGACAGGGCUACAUUUCAUACCCCAUUUAGUCAACUUGGACAGAGUCCAGAAGGAUGUUCUUCUUACCUGUUUCCAAAAAUCAUGGGCUUAGCCAAGGCAAAUGAGAUGUUGCUUUUCAAUAAAAAGUUGACUGCAGAUGAAGCCUGUGCUUGGGGACUUGUGACUGAAGUCUUCCCUGAUGGGACCUUCCAGAAGGAAGUUUGGGAAAGGUUAAAAGCUUAUGCGAGCCUCCCCAAAAAUUCCUUGGCAGUGUCAAAGCAACUGUUAAGAAGUAUGGAAAAGGAAAAGCUCCAUGCAGUUAACAGUCAAGAGUGUGAAGUACUCAAGGAGAGGUGGUUAUCUGAUGAAUGUCUAAAUGCUAUUGUCAGCUUCUUUCAGAGGAAAUCAAAACUAUGAUCUUCACCAGCAGAGCAGUUCACCUUCUGCCAAUAGCAAUUCACCUUCUGGCAAUAGCCUAAUCUGCCUUUAUCCUUAAUAAACUUUCUCUGCAAAUAGUAAUUCUUAUACCUUUUGGUGUGGUAUAUUUCUAUACCGAGUACUGGAUUAAAACUGUUUAAUGAAAUUAAUACAAUGUUGUAUGCCUUGGAUCUGUUAUGGAUAUUUAGGUUUGGGAAAAAAAGGUUAAUCUUUAGGCAGCAGUGAUGUUUCUGAAAGAUACUAAAGCAGACUGUCUUUGAAAAGAAGCAACAAAUUCAACAGCAGCAUAUGUUGACAGCUUUUCAGUGAUUUCUUACGAGCAAUUCUUUUUAUUCAUCUAUGGAGAAAAAAAUACUGUAAUAUGAAUAAUAAAUAUAAGUAUUUAA